GGGUGGCUCAAAAGUUGUUUUCUUUCGUUUUGGAAUUAUUUGGGAUCAAAGCCCAUGUGUCUAUAUUUUAUUUGGAAUCUCUCGGUGGAGAGCGCAUAAUGCAUAGACGUCCAGUAAUCAACAGAAAUGCACAAAUGAAAUUCUUUUGACAAACUUAAGGGCUAAAGUAUUGCUGAAUCAGAUUCUGAAGUCGAGAAUUACAAAGCUCCAAUCACUUUCCUCACUGUCUGAAAUUCUAGACUCUCCUUUUUCCUCUCUUUCCCGAGAAAAUUCGCGCAUAGCACAGUGUGCUAUAGACAAAUGGGUAGCAGAGGUGGUGGAACGACUGAUACUCCUUUUCUGAGAAACUACAGGCUAGGAAAAACUCUUGGGCAUGGAGCCUUCGGUAAAGUCAAAGUUGCUGAGCAUUUGCUGACGGGGCACAACGUGGCUAUAAAAAUCCUUAACCGUCAAAAAAUGAGGAAUCUCGGCAUGGAGGAAAAACUGAGAAGAGAAAUAAGAAUAUGUAGAUUAUUUGUGCAUCCACAUGUCAUACGGCUCUAUGAAGUGAUAGAGACACCAACAGAUAUAUAUGUUGUAAUGGAGUAUGGUAAGUCUGGCGAGCUCUUUGACUAUAUUAUGGAAAAACGCAGGUUACAGGAAGAUGAAGCUCGGCAUAUUUUUCAGCAGAUUGUUGCCGGUGUAGAGUACUGCCAUAGGAAUAGGGUGGUUCAUCGGGACCUUAAGCCUGAGAAUGUGCUUUUGGAUGCAAGAGGCAAUGUAAAGAUAGCAGAUUUUGGCUUGAGCAACAUUAUGCGAGAUGGCCAUUUUCUGAAGACAAGUUGUGGAAGUCCUAAUUAUGCGGCUCCUGAGGUUGUCUCUGGGAAACUUUAUGCUGGUCCGGAGGUAGAUGUCUGGGGUUGUGGUGUUAUCUUAUAUGCUCUUCUUUGUGGAAAACUUCCGUUUGAAGAUGAGAAUAUACCUAACCUUUUCAAGAAAAUACAGCGUGGAAUCUACACCCUUCCGAGUCAUCUGUCACCUGGAGCUAGGGAUUUGAUACCAAGGAUGCUAAUUGUUGACCCUAUGAUGCGGACCACCAUAGCUGAUAUUCGUCAGCACCAGUGGUUCAAAAUUCAUCUUCCUCGGUAUUUGGCUGUUCCUCCACCUGAUUCUAUGCAACUUCUGAAAAAGCUCGACGAGGAAAUUCUCCAGCAAGUAAUUAGAAUGGGUUUUGAUCGAGACCAGUUGCUCGAAUCUUUGCAAAAGCGAAUGCAAGAUGAUGCUACUGUUGCAUACUAUCUGCUGUACGACAACCAUUCCUUGGCUUCCGGUAGCUAUCUAGGAGCUGAGUUUCAGGAAUCUAUGGAUGGUUAUUCCCCUGGGUCGCUUCCAAAUCUUGAUCGACAGCUGUCUGCUGAGAAUGGAACCUCUCAAGCAGCGAGUUUGAGACACUCAUUUUCCAAAGAGAAAAAAUGGCUAGUUGGACUUCAGUCUCCAGCAAAUCCACGGGAGAUCAUGAAUCAGGUUCUUGGAACUCUGCAUGAACUAAAUGUUCGAUGGAAAAAAGUUGGGCACUACAAUAUGAAGUGUUUAUGGUGUCAGUGUCACGGUCUUGAUCAUCUUAAGAGCAUGGCCAGCAAUCAUGUGAAUAAUUAUCAGUUUAUUAGCAAUGCAACUUCCAUGAGUACACAUUUACAGCCACAAACCGCUUUGAAGUUUGAAAUGCAGCUCUACAAAACUCAGAACGAUAGAUACCUGCUUGAUCUCCAAAGAAUUAGCGGUCCACAGUUCCUCUUCCUGGAUUUUUGUGCUGUUUUCAUUAUGCAGCUGAAGGCACCACAAUAAUUGGAAAGGAAAAACAAUGUCUAGAGCCAGUGGCGGAUCCAUUGGGUAAAGUGAGGUACACCUGAACCCAUGCACUUAGCCAAAAUUCUCAAAAAAAAUAAUAUAUACAUAUAUUUGGUGGAACAUGGUUAUAUAUCUUAAUGUGCACCCUAUCCACAAUGAAUUGGAUGGGGCACUGAAGGCUCUGGUUAUUCAUACAAUCACUUGAAUCGUGAAAAAGAAAAUUAAUCUAAUCUCAACUGAUCACCUAUCGCUUUAUUUGUAUAUGAACCAAAACUUCGUUACUUGAACCAAAUUAAACCUAAAAUCGACCAAAAACUGAAUGCAUACUCGUAUUUGUGGUCAGUGAUAUAUGAUAAUUAAGGAUGUUGGUGCACUCAUGGUUUUCAGAGAAAAUGUGUAUUUUGUACACAAUGAAAACUUUGUUGUAUAUCAAUUUGGUGGUUUUCUGCUA